AUGGAGGGGGAGAGCAUACUGCUUUAUGGACCAACAGGAACUGGGCAACCAGUCGUGAUUUCCAAGAGUAGAGGAAACGAAAUCCGGCAGCUUCUCGUGGUGUCGCAGGCCGCCUCCGUGCACGAGGCUGUGGUCACAGAUGCCGCCAAGGAAGUGCGGGCUCGUUUGGCCCGCCUCCGCAACGAGAUCGAGAUCGCCCAAGAAGAUGAAAAGGUGCCCCAGCAGCGUGCAGCGGGCACGGUUGACAAGCGGCCGAGGCCGAAAGUCGGCACAAAGUCUCCUAUCCAGAG